AUGGAGCCCACUCCCAGAGCAUCGAGCAGUGCCCCGGGCAAUUCGCUCUGCAGAGCCUUAAAGGGCUCUUCAAGCUCCGAGGGCCGGUGCUGCAGCCGACUUGGAGGUGCAUGGGGGAAAUCAAGCAAUUAUGAAAAGGAGGGGGCAGACGAAGGCAACGCGAAAUUCUGUUCUUGCCAGUGGCAGGCAAUUCUCCCCAGACUUUCACGCCACUCUGGCAGGAAGCGUCACGAGAGGGUCCACGGCGCUACACUUCGUGCUCUCUUAGGACCCGCGCCCCAGAAAGCGGGGGGCUGGAAGCCGCUCCCCUCCGAGACAGGGCAGGCGGGAAGGCGGCACCGAGACCGGGUGCUGGGAUGUGUGGCCGCCUUCGGAGCACGCGGCGGCAGCGGGGCGGCCUCGGUGGUGCUGAACGUGGGCGGCGCCCGGUACUCGCUUCCCGGGAGCUAGCUGAAGGACUUCCCGCUGCGCCGCGUGAGCCGGCUGCACGGCUGUCGCUCGGAGCGCGACGUGCUCGAGGUGUGCGACGACUAUCACCGCGAGCGCAACGAGUACUUCUUCGACCGGCACUCGGAGGCCUUCGGCUUCAUCCUGCUCUACGUGCGCGGCCACGGCAAGCUGCGCUUCGCGCCGCGGAUGUGCGAGCUGUCCUUCUACAAUGAGAUGAUCUACUGGGGCCUGGAGGGCGCGCACCUCGAGUACUGCUGCCAGCGCCGCCUCGACGACCGCAUGUCCGACACUCUACACCUUCUACAACGGCCGAAGAGCCGGGCGCGCUGGCGACGCGACGAGGACGCUAUCCCGGGCGUUGCCGAGGCGGCCCCCUCCCGGCGCUGGCUGGAGCGCAUGCGGCGUACCGCUGAGGAGCCCACGUCGUCCCUGGCCGCGCAUAUCAUGGCCAGCGUGUCGGUGGUGUUCGUGAUCGUGUCCAUGGUGGUGCUGUGCGCCAGCACGCUGCCCGACUGGCGCGCCGCGGCGGCCGACAACCGCAGCCUGGAUGACCGGAGCAGGUACUCCGCCGGCCCUGGGAGGGAGCCCUCCGGGAUAAUUGAAGCUAUCUGCAUAGGUUGGUUCACUGCAGAAUGCAUUGUGAGGUUCAUCGUCUCCAAAAACAAGUGUGAGUUUGUCAAGAGACCCCUGAACAUCAUUGAUUUACUGGCAAUCACACCGUAUUACAUCUCCGUGUUAAUGACAGUAUUUACGGGCGAGAACUCUCAACUCCAGAGGGCUGGAGUCACCUUGAGGGUGCUUAGAAUGAUGAGGAUUUUUUGGGUGAUUAAGCUUGCCCGUCACUUCAUCGGUCUUCAGACACUUGGUUUGACUCUCAAACGAUGUUACCGAGAGAUGGUUAUGUUGCUUGUCUUCAUUUGUGUUGCCAUGGCAAUCUUUAGUGCACUUUCUCAGCUUCUUGAACAUGGGUUGGACCUGGAAACAUCCAACAAGGACUUCGCCAGCAUCCCUGCUGCCUGCUGGUGGGUGAUUAUCUCUAUGACUACAGUUGGCUAUGGAGAUAUGUAUCCUAUCACAAUGCCUGGAAGAAUUCUUGGAGGAGUUUGUGUUGUCAGUGGAAUCGUUUUAUUGGCAUUACCUAUCACUUUUAUCUACCAUAGCUUCGUGCAGUGUUAUCAUGAGCUCAAGUUUAGAUCAGCUAGAUAUAGUAGGAGCCUCUCCGCUGAGUUCCUAAAUUAA